CUGUGCGCUGAGUUUUUUUGGGUUAGUUGAGAGAGGUUGAUAUCAGAAACAUGCGCUUCUGUGAGCUAUAGUCAUAAAUCUCCUUUAUAGAGUUCCAUAGUCUGGUCAGUUUAUUUUAUAUAAAUGUGGCAUUUCCGCAUCUUUUACACUGAAAAUCAACUCUCUGUGACCUUCAGGAGCCGAGAUACAGAAUUCCAGGUAUAAGAACUGGGCAUGGCCAUAUCAAAGCCUUUCCCCACCUAAUUGUUUAGGCUCCUUGCAUGUUUUUCUUAAUUGGGCCCAAAUUAACAGAAAACAUUGGUUCAAAUGUUAGUCAUGAUUUGCAGCCCCAAACUGACCAGACUACAACAGUCCCACCUCUCCUCUGAGAGAGUUUAGUUUCCGGAAGUAAGCUUCCCAUUCAUUUCGCCAAUCAACAUCUGAAAAAUCCGUAUAGAAGGAGUUUUAGACCAUGCCGCCCUUAGGCUAGCAUGAAAUGUGCUACAAAAAUAAAGAUUGCUAUCAUCAUCAUCAUCAUCAUAUCUUCUGCAAGUCUAGAGAUACUUUCCUCAGUGCUGCAAGGAUGAGUGCCUCUCAGGAAAGACAGGAGGCUGCCAACAGACAAACAGACAGAACUGCACUCAGACAUUCUAAAAGAUCAAAAACACACAGACCAGAUUCUCCAGGGUCCAGCCAUGCAUCUAUGAAGAGUGAGAGGUCCAUGUAUGAUCCACUCAAUUUCAAUGGAGCACAGUCUGAACCUGGAUCAAAAACACACAGACCAGAUUCUACAGGGUCCAGCCAUGCAUCUAUGAAGAGUGAGAGGUCCAUGUAUGAUCCACUCAAUUUCAAUGGAGCACAGUCUGAAUCCGGGCCAAAACCAUAUCGCCCAGUCUGUCCAGGAUCCAGCUCCAUUGGUGAUCGACCCAACUUCAGCAAUGAUGGGACCCUGAGGAGCGUUAUAAGGAAACAUAAAGCCAGUCUAAAGAGAAAAUUUGAGAACAUAUCUGAAGGCCUCAUCAAAUCAGGUUCUGAUACACUCCUGAGUAAGGUCUACACAGAACUCUACAUCACUGAGGGAGAAUGUGAAGGGAUUAAUAAGGAACAUGAGGUUUGGCAGGUUGAGUCAACAUCCAAAGCACAAACCACAGAUGACACACCGAUAAAAUGCAAUGACAUCUUCAAGCCCUUACUUGGUCAGGAGAAGCACAUCAGAACUGUGAUGACCAAAGGUGUUGCUGGAAUUGGGAAAACAGUCUCCGUGCAGAAGUUCAUUCUUGAUUGGAUAGAUGGGGUGGCCAAUCAGGAUGUGGAUUUUAUGUUUCCCCUUCCUUUCCGUGAGUUGAAUUUGGUCAAGGAUUAUCAAUAUAGUCUUCACAGCCUCCUACUUGACUUCCACCCUGAGCUGAAGGAUCUGAAGGAUGGUGAAGAAUACAAAAGUUGUCGCGUUGUGUUCAUUUUUGAUGGGUUGGAUGAAAGUCGAUUACCUCUGAAUUUCGAAGCCAAUGUCAAGCCGAUAUUUGUAACGCAAACAUCAUCAGUUGAUAUUAUGAUGACAAGCCUCAUAAAGGGAUCUUUGCUGCCCUCUGCACACAUCUGGAUAACAUCACGGCCAGCUGCAGCCAGUCAAAUCCCUACUCAGUACAUCAACCAGGUGACAGAAGUACGAGGAUUCAAUGAUCCUCAGAAGGAAGAAUAUUUCAGGAAGAGAAUCAGUGAUGACCGUCAGGCCAAGACAAUCAUUUCACACAUAAAGUCAUCCAGAAGUCUUUACAUCAUGUGCCACAUUCCAGUCUUCUGUUGGAUUGCAGCAACUGUUCUUCAGCAGAUGCUGACAAGGAAAAAGACCACAGAUAUCCCCAAGACUCUGACUGAGAUGUUUAUACAGUUUCUACUCAUCCAGACCAUCCAAAAAGACCAGAAGUUUGAAUUAAGACAUGAAACAGACACAAAACGCCUCUUGAAAUCACAGAAAGAAGAAAUACUGAAGAUGGCAGAACUGGCUUUUAAGAACCUACAGGAAGGAAAUCUCAUAUUUUAUGAGGAAGACCUGAGAAAGUGUGACAUUGAUGUCAUUGCAGCAUCAGUGUACUCUGGGAUGUGCACUGAGAUCUUCAAGGAAGAUGUGUUUCACCAGAAGAAGGUGUACAGUUUUGUGCAUCUGAGCAUUCAGGAGUUUUUGGCAGCUCUGUUUGUGUUUAACUCUUAUGUGACUCAAAACCUGGAGCCCCUAAAAUACAUCCUUGGUGAGGAACAGAGAAAUGGCCCCGAGCCAUCUCAUCAAUCAGUGCAGAACUUAAAACCGCCAGAUCUACAUGUGUUGAUUAACAGGGCAGUGGAUGAGGCUUUGAAGAGCAGGAAUGGACAUUUGGACCUUUUCCUUCGCUUCCUAACAGGCAUUUCUCUGGAGAGCAAUCAGAGACUGCUGCAGGGCUUACUGACACAAAAAUACAGCACCUCCAAUAGCAUCAAGCAAACAUGUCAGUACAUUAAGAACCUCAACAGAGAAGAUCUCUGUCCUGAGAGAUGCAUCAAUCUUUUCCACUGCUUAUUGGAAAUGAAUGAUCAUUCCAUGCAAAAGGAAAUUCAAAAAUACCUGAAAUCACGUAAAGGUGCCAAUCGAGAAUUGUCUCCAGCUCAGUGCUCAGCACUGGCUCACAUGCUGGUGAUGUCUGAAGAGGAGCUGGACGAGUUUGACCUCCAAGCGUACAACACAUCAAUCGAAGGACGCAGGAGACUGAUCCCAGCUGUGAGGCACUUCAAAAAGGCACGACUCGCUGGCUUUCCACUCAGUGAAACAACCUGUGGAAUUGUAGCCUCAGUUCUACAGUCACCAAACUCUCUGAAUGAGUUGGACCUGACUGACUGUGAAGUGAAAGAUUAUGGACUUCGAAUUCUCUCCACAGGACUCUCUAGUUCCCACUGCAAACUGCAGACAUUAAGGCUGCCUGGUUGUUGCAUCUCUGAGAAAGGUUGUACUGCUCUAGCUUUAGCUCUGACUUCAAACACCUCCCAAAUAAAAAAGCUGGAUCUGAGUUUUAAUCAUCCCGGAGAAGGACUGAAAAUGUUUCCUAAAAAACUGACACUUCAUGCUGAAUACUGUGAAGAAAUCAGAUUGAGAAGAGGAGUGUGGAAAUAUGCCUGUGAUCUCACCCUGGACCCAAACACGGCACACAAAAGACUCUCAAUCUCUGAGUGCAACAGAGAGGUUACAUUUGUGGGAAAGGAUCAGCAGUAUCCCGACCACCCAGAGAGAUUUCGCUUUGCGUCUCAGGUACUGUGUAGCCAGGGUCUGAGUGGACAGUGCUACUGGGAGGUCCAGUGGAGUGGGGUCGGGGCUCAUAUAGCUGUGGCCUAUAAAAGCAUCCAGAGGAAAAGCGUGCGUACAGCCAACAACCUGGGACAUGAUCACAGAUCCUGGAAUUUGGCCUGCCAUCCUGGCAAUUACUCUGCCUGUCACAAUGGUAAACACACUGACAUAUCCAUCCCGUGUGCACCCUCUAGAAGAGUUGGGGUGCAUCUGAACGAGAAGGCUGGUAUUCUGUCCUUCUAUUCUGUUUCCUCUGACACACUCACCCUCCUGCACACGUUCCACUCCACAUUCACUGAGCCCCUCUAUCCAGCAUUUAAGCUUCUGUCUAAAGGCUCCUCUGUGUCCCUUGUGUAAUCCUGUAUGUACAACUGCCAAUGAAGAUAACUGUGCAGCGCACCCAGUAUCUUGAACCUGGCUUUAAAGUGGUGAUAGUAUCUUGAUUAUUCUAAGGAGGAACUUUCGGUCAGGAUAUCAAAUAUCUAAAUUGGUCUGGUAUUGUGUUAGAAAUUUAAACCAGCCCACCUUGAAGACUCAGUAGAAGAGUAUGGGGCAAUUGAGAGUGUCAUAGUAAAGAACUUACAAAUCUGAACUAUACUAAUACUAAAUCCAGUCUGCACUGUUUACAUUAAUGACUUGAGCACUGUUUACAUUUAUGACUUGAAAUAGUUGAUUUAUCUGCAGCCGUUACAGAUCCCCUUUGGCAAAGAACACGUUGUUAACCUUGUUGCCCAUGUUCACUGGGUGCUUGUCAUAUGUUUGUCAUUCUGAUGUGUCUUGUCAUGUGCGGAAUAAACAGCAAAUGUGGCUGAGUAGCUCUG